AUGGUGUUUUUCUUUAAGAAGCGCCACGGCGAGAUGGCGGCGACGGAUGCCGGCGGCCGCGGCUUCAUCUGGCGGCUGAAGGACUUCUCCGGCUACAAGCCGGGCGGCGUGCUGGACAGCGAGAACGUGCCGGCCUUCACCAAAGUCAAGUUCCACCUCCACAUGACGCUUGACGCGAAGGGCAACAUCGGGCUCUACCUGCACUACAAGGCGAUGGGCAUCCCCAAGUACUCGUACUACUUCUCCAACAGCAGGGGGGAGGUGAUGCGGAAGCACACGGCCCACACCAUCCCCCCCAACACGCAGCGCUGCGGGCACUGGAACGUGUGCUACCGCCCCGACGUCCUCGACUUCGUCGGCGCCGAGGAUGUGCUGCUGGUGAACUUCUUCUUCGACGAUGACAGCCUGGCGACGAGCCGGAUGCCGUGUCGCAGCGCGCUGCGGGUGACCUGGACAGUGCCGCACCUCUUCACGCAGGUGCUGAACCCGUACUCCUCGCAGGGCUUCACGAGCGAGGGCGUUCACUUCGCCGUGCGGCUGGAGAUCAAGAAGGAGUCCGGCACCAUCGACGCCGUCGCCCCGUACGCCGUGGACAACAUCAAGGAACUCGUCUUCUUCCUCUUCUGCCGCAAGGGGGAGGUGCCGCCGCACAGCAUCGAGCUGCUCGACGGCGGCGGCGCCUGCAUCGCCCGGAUCGACGAGCAGGACACCCCCGGCGUGCGGACGCUGACGGUGCCGAAGCAGAAGUUGUGGGACGCGCUCGGGGCGACGGGGACGCUGACGGUGCAGGUGGAGCUGCAGUGCCGCGGCAACCCGAUCGACGCCCUCAACGCCCUCAGCGAGGCGCGGCAGCAGCUGCUGCCGCCGCUGCCGGGCGAAGGGACGCUUGCGGCGGACGGAACGGCGCCGCCGGCGACGGUGCAGCUCGGCAGCAAGAGGGACGAGUACGUGGUGUUUCACGGCGACGACUAG